AUGGGUCCAUGCGAACAAGCUACGUUCCCCCUGUGCAAUGAGCACAUGACACUACGAGUCUUGCAAAAGCACAUUGGUCGCCAUCAGGAACAUCUUGCGUUAUUUGCCCUUCCACUUGAUCUUCAAGGCAUAGAGGAUGGUACAAUGGACUAUGCACACGGCUUGACGGGCGUUGACAUGGGUAGCAAGCAGGAGGUCUCGGCCCAGAGUAACUCUUCGGAAGCUGGAGAAGGAAGCAAUGGUAGUUUGAGCGGUGAUCAAGACAAUUUGGAGUAUGAAGAUAAAGAGACGUUGAGUGCAACGAUUGGUUCGCAGUUCGAUGUGUUGCAAACGCAUGUUCUGAAAAAGCGCAGUGCCAAAACACAAUUUGAGUGGUUUGUACCAGCGGAUGGUAUUUCGAGGGUAGUGAUCGCUGCCGACAUUGAACGAUAUCCAGGCCCAGGCGCUUCCGUGAAAUCUGGUAUGGAAAUUCGAGAUUAUAGCCAUCAACCUGGAUACUGGAUCAAAGCGUGUCAUACACUCACAAGAGCAAUGAUCCAAGAUCUGAAGCUUGAUUCACAAAAGUGGAGUCAGGAACGAUCAUCUGCGCGCAAGUCCCCCAGUCCAGAAAUAGAUGGCUCAAGAACGGCACCAGAAGAUGUACAAACUACAACAGAUCGAAGAGACAUAUAUCCAGGAACACCAAUAGCGAACCCAUAUGAACACCACUCACACAACCCAGAACCUGCAACCGCGGGGAUGAUGCCAGACUAUGUAACUCCACUUCAAACGGCCCCUGAUAUGCCCUUUGUACCCCCAGGGUAUUAUCUUGCCUCUGACGCUCGUUUUCAGGCCGCCCUCUAUCUUCAUCAAUUUUGUUAG